UACUGUUCUAAAUGUAGAAGCAAAGAAAAACAGUUUUUGAUGCCCCCUGAGGAGACUGUACUAACUUUUGCUGAAGUCCAAGGGAUGCAGGAAGCUCUGCUUGGUACCACUAUCAUGAACAACAUCGUUAUCUGGAAUUUAAAAACUGGUCAACUUCUGAAAAAGAUGCACAUUGAUGAUUCUUACCAAGCUUCAGUAUGUCACAAAGCCUAUUCAGAAAUGGGGCUCCUAUUUGUUAUUCUGAGUCAUCCUUGUGCCAAAGAGAGUGAGUCAUUGGGAAGUCCUGUGUUUCAAUUGGUUGUGAUUAACCCAAAGACGACCCUGAAUAUGAGAGUGAUGCUGUACUGUCUUCCUCAAGGGCAGGCUGGAAGGUUCCUGGAAGGUGAUGUGAAAGAUCAUUGUGCAGCAGCAGUCUUGACUUCUGGAACAAUUGCCAUUUGGGACUUACUUCUUGGUCAUUGCACUGCCCUCCUUCCACCUAUUGCUGACCAAAAUUGGUCUUUUGUGAAAUGGUCAGUUACAGAUUCUCAUUUGCUGGCUGGACAAAAAGAUGGGAAUAUAUUUAUAUACCACUACUCAUAAAUUAGUGCAAGAUGGAAACACAAUUCUCUGGAUAUAUUUGUCUUAUUAUUUUUUGGAGUUGUAAGCAUAAAGGAGAAUAUCUAAGUGAUCUUUAUAAUAAUUAUUGUAUAUACAUCCAGAUAGACUUAUAUUUUUAUUCUGAUGGUGGUGGCACUACUGAUCUUGAACGUUCAUUUAUAUUUGGCGAAAAGGAUUUUAAGUUGAUUUCUGUAAUUCCCACAUUUGCACAUAUGCUUUUUAAGGUGUACAGAAAGCUUCAAAUGUCAAUAAAUAUUUAUUUUGAUACAUUC